AUGGCGAUGAAGACCAUGUGCAUGCUGAAGUGCAACUGUCCAGUGCAGGGCACCAUCCACUUCAAGCAGAAGGCAAGCAGUGAACCCGUUGUGGUGUCAGGACAAAUUACAGGAUCAACAGAAGGUGAGCAUGGGUUCCAUGUCCAUCAGUAUGGGGAUAAUACACAAGGCUGUACCAGUGCAGGACCUCAUAUUAAUCCUUACUCUAAGAAACAUGGCGGUCGAGCAGAUGAAGAGAGGCAUGUUGGAGACCUGGGCAAUGUGUCUGCUGGAAAGGAUGGUGUGGCCAAUAUGUCCACUGAAUAUCAUGUGAUCAAACUCUCAGGAGAGCAUUCCAUUAUUGGGCAUACAAUGGUGGUUUACCAGAAACAAGAUGACGUGGGCAAAUGUGGAAAUGAAGAAAGUACAAAGACUGGAAAUGCUGGAAGACACUUGGCUUGUGUGUGAUUGGGAUUGCCCAGUAAACAUUCCCUAUGUGGCCUGAGUCUAAAACUCAUUUGCUAUCCUGCUAAACUGUA